UUCAAUGCGACCAUCAAAGAUGGCGACACAAGUAUCAAAGAAACGGAAGUUUGUUGCCGAUGGUGUCUUCAAAGCUGAGCUGAACGAGUUUUUGACUCGUGAACUGGCUGAAGAUGGCUACAGUGGUGUUGAGGUCCGGGUAACUCCCACCAGGACGGAGAUCAUCAUCCUGGCCACCAAAACUCAGAAUGUUUUGGGAGAGAAGGGUCGGCGAAUUCGGGAACUCACUGCUGUGGUGCAGAAGAGAUUCAGCUUCCCUGAGGGUUCAGUAGAGCUGUAUGCUGAGAAGGUAGCCACUAGAGGUCUGUGUGCUAUUGCCCAGUGUGAGUCUUUGAGAUAUAAGCUGAUUGGAGGAUUAGCUGUCAGAAGGGCUUGCUAUGGUGUGCUGCGGUUCAUCAUGGAGUCUGGCGCUAAAGGCUGUGAAGUGGUAGUAUCUGGGAAAUUGAGAGGUCAGAGGGCAAAGUCAAUGAAGUUCGUGGACGGACUGAUGAUCCAUAGUGGUGACCCUAUCAAUGAUUACGUGGACACAGCUGUCAGACACGUACUCCUCAGGCAGGGUGUACUUGGCAUCAAAGUAAAGAUCAUGUUGCCCUGGGACAGUUCAGGAAAAAUUGGCCCCAAGAAGCCAUUGCCUGACCACGUCAGCAUCGUAGAACCCAAAGACGAGGCUUCUCCGGCACACCCAUACAGUGAGCAGAAGGGACCCAAAGCCACGGACGCUCCCCCGGUCAUGCCACCACAGUAAAGAUUUUCCGAUAUGGUGGCUUGAGGUUGAUUUCUUGUACAAGACAAAGCUCAUUAAACGUGUCAUCAAGGAUCAGUGUGGUUUUGUUUUUUUUGUUUUUAUUAUUAUUAUUAUUAGCUAAUAAUAAUUUUUAUUAUCAGACUAUGUCUUACC